CAAAUUGAUAGUUCGGAAGCGGGAUAACGUAUACAGAAAAUCAGCUGAUUGCUGUCAAAUCUCCAUCAAUAAAUUUUUGGCAUUUAUACUUUGUUUAAAUAAAAAUAUUUUGAUUACAGGUAAAACUUGCUGUCAAAAUUGAAAAAAGAAAGUUAUGCACUAUGUCUCCUGAUCCAACACAAGAACCUGCCGACGCAAAAUUAAAUGCACCAAAUUUAUUGCUUGAAACUGAGAGAACGAAUGAUUCAGACAGUGAAGAUGAUGUUGGAAUGGCAGGUUAUGUGCCUUUAUCUCAAAUUCCUACAGAUAGUGAUCCAAUAUUAUAUGAAGAUGAAGAUGAUGAAUGGAUCUCUAAUGCAGGUGAACCUAGUCAAACAUUACCACCUAUGUUAUUAGAAUCACAACAGGACUAUAUGUCAGAAACAAUAGAAGUUUGGUCAUCUCCUUGUAAUCGAUCAAAUAUCGAUAUGGAUGCAGAUAAAAUCAGUCAAGUAAAAUCUAUGAUGGCAUCUUUUACCUUACCAACUACAGCAAUUCCAGAAUGGGCAAAGACUAUAUCCGAAGAACAAUGGAAGGAACAACUCAUUGGACGUAUUAAAGAAAUACAAAAUAGAGAAAAAUAAAUUUAACUAUUUUAAUUGAUACUUUUAAAUGAAGUUAUUAUGUAUAUAAUUUGAUACAAGUAAGAAAUAUAAUUCUGUUUUUCAUUUU